AUGAUUGCUAUGAAACUUUUCGUCUUCGGCUUAGUAUUAGCCACCUCAUUAGCGGAGGAUGUAAAACAACCUCCAGCAGAAAUUAUCACAGAAAGGACUAUCGUCAGAGAAGACGGUUACAAUUUCGAGUUCAAGACAAGCGAUGGUACGUCUCGAAAAGAAGAGGCUGGUCUUAUUACUGUGGGAGAUCGUAAGGGAAUCGCGGUGAAAGGCACUUACUCAUAUCUAUCUCCCGAUGGACUGGAAUAUAUUGUGUCUUACACCGCAGAUGAUAAAGGAUUCAAGCCCCAAUUGAGAGUAGCAUCAAAGUCUGAAUAA